AUGGCUCGAGACCACGCUACGGAACAAGGAAAAGGAAGUUUGACACAUGAUACCUUUGAGCUUUUGGAACAGCAGGUGGACAAUCUGCGAAGAAAGCAUCAAGUUGCAGCAUUGGAGCAACAACAAGCAGCUCUAGCAAUGGUGAAACCAGAUGAACAGCAGAGAAUGUUCGAGCAAUUCCAGUUUUUUUUGGGUGAAGAUCAGCCAAUUAGUACUCUACAUCAACUUGCUCCACUUCCUCUACAGUUCCAACCUUUCCUUCAAUCUGGGGCAUGGAAUUUUGCGGGGCUCAUAUGGCCCAGGAGAGAUGAUGUUGGACAGGAUAUGAUUGAACCUUUGCCUGAUUUUGAGCCUUUGCUGGCAAUAUAUCAUGAGGGUUUUCUCUGUAGACUGCAGCAGAGACAUUUUCUGAACCUGAGAGGCUCAGAAAUCAGUACUGAGUGA